GUGAAUCUGAGGAGCAAGCAACCUGGAGAGGAAAACCAGGAUUUGGUUCAAGCAGUAGCCACCUUCUUCUGUGGUGGAUCAGACAAUUUCUCCGACGUACCAUGGAUUCUUUGUAGCUGCUCAGAUUUAUCUGUCCUGACUUCAGACGGGAAAAUGAGCCCAUGCAGCUGGUGGCUGCUGUUGUUCACCUUUGGGGUUGUUGCUGCUUUGUGUCGAGGCAGCAGACAGUGUAUGAAUGGGAUCACCAUCAAUGUGAUCCUGCUGGAGGACGAUGAGUCUCCCUGGAGCCUGAAGUAUGUGAAGAAACAAAUCCUGAAAGCAAUAGCGGACGAUACAGCUAUUGGUUCUGCAGAAGGAGCUGGAUUUAAUCUCACAGCCAACUUUGAAGGUUUUAACACCACCAUUUACAGCCAAAGAGGCUGCAGUAGCAGUGCAUGUGAGGCGGUGGAGAAACUGCACAAACUAACGGUUACAGGUAAACUCGGCUGUGCUGUGCUCGGACCAACCUGCACCUUUGCAACGUUCCCAUUAGUUGAUGCAGAAAAAGGCUUUAACCUCAGCACGCCCAUCAUCUCGGCGGGUAGCUUUGGUCCUUCCUGUGAUCACGCCCUAAACUUGCUGCGGGUUCUGCCUCCAGCACGGAAGAUCACUGACUUUUUCUUCCACUUCUGGGAGCACGAAGACAUCAUCAAACCCCAGUGGAAGACUGCCUAUAUCUACAAAAAGCUCAACAACACGGAGGACUGCUUUUGGUAUAUCAACGCUCUGGGAGCCAAUGACGGAUUCACCCCAAACAUUUCAAAAAGUAUUCUGCACAAACCUGAAGAAGUGGGAGACGUAGUCAAGUCACAGACGGAAAGGAUGUCCAACCUGUUCAUCGUGUGCGGUUCAGUGAUGGAUUUACUGGAGGUGAAAAAUGGCUCCAAAGCAGCAGACAGCAGUGAUUUCCUGUUUAUCCUCAUUGAUCUGUACAAUGAUGUGUACUACAUCAACUCAUCAUCGCUGCCAGAAAUGAAGAACGUGCUGGUGGUGACCAUGCCCGACACCAGGGAGUACGUCAUCAACUCGGACCUCAAAGAUAACAACACAAUGAAUGACUACAUGGCUGCGUACUACGACUCAGUGCUGCAUUUAGGACGAGUGAUGAGAGAGAUCGCUGCCAGCAAUCAGACAGAGAUUCAAGAAAUGGUCUUUGUGAAUGUGAAUUACUUCAGAAACACCUCCUUUAAGGGAAUUGCAGGAGAAUAUAAACUGGACAUUUAUGGAGACAGGGAUGUGAACCUUUCAGUCAUUUACACCACAAAUAACAACAAGUACAAAGUUUUAUUCAUCUUCAACACCGAGUACAACAAGACGCUAAUGGUGGACAAGGAUCCAGACUUCGUCUGGGGAAAAAAGCUUCCUGAUUUCAAACCAUACCGCGUCCCUGCUAUUCAUAACAUCAUUGUGGCUGUGCUGGGUGUCAUGGUAGUUACCGUGGCCACCAUCGCAUUUGUUUUCUACAGACAGAACAGGAAAGAUCGGCUUCUCAGGAAGCGUUGGUCCCACAUCAACUCUGACCUCGUUACUCUGCUCGACAGCGAACACAACAUAAUCUCAUUAAAGAUAGAAGAUGAAAGGGAGCAGAAGAAACUCCAGAUCCGUCGUGCGUUCUACGACAAGAAGAUUGUGAUUCUGAAGGAGCUGAAGAAUUCAGACGGGAACUUCAACAAAACCCAGAUAAUGGAGCUCAAUGCGCUUCUGCACAUCGAUUAUUACAACCUCACAAAGUUUUAUGGCACGGUCAGGUUUGAUGAGGGUGUGUUUGGCGUGUUUGAGUAUGGAGAGCGGGGGUCAGUCAGGUAUGUGCUGAGCGACAAGGUCUCGUACCCAGAGGACACCUUCAUGGACUGGGAGUUCAAAAUCUCCGUCAUGUAUGACAUUGCAAAGGGCAUGUCCUACCUCCACGCCAGCAACAUCCAGGUGCACGGCCGCCUCAAGUCCACCAACUGUGUGUUGGACAAUCGCAUGGUGGUCAAGAUCACAGAUUUUGGUUGCAAUUCCUUCCUCAGCAGCAGCAAAGAUCUGUGGACAGCUCCAGAGCACCUCAGGAACCAGGGUACUUCUCAGAAAGGAGACGUCUACAGCUUUGCCAUCAUCUCUCAGGAGAUUGUUCUGAGGAAGAGCACCUUCUACACCAAGUCCUGCUCCAGCAGAUCAGAGAAGUUAUCCAUGGUGAUGACAUCUUGCUUCAGACCUGAUCUUGACGUCAAGAUGGCUUCAGAAAAAGAACUAGAGGUAUACAUGUUGAUAAAAAGCUGCUGGGAUGAAGAUCCUGAAAGGAGACCCGACUUUAAGAAAGUGGAGAACUGCCUGGAGAAGAACAUCAGUAAAAUUCACAACCAGGCCAAUGAGAGCUAUAUGGACCACAUGAUCCGAAGACUGCAGAACUAUUCCAGAAACCUGGAACACCUGGUGGAGGAGAGAACAGCCCUGUACAAAGCCGAGAGGGAUCGGGCCCACUUCCUCAACUUCAUGCUGCUUCCUAGGCCAGUGGUGAAGAGCCUGAAGGAGACCGGUGUGGUGGAGCCAGAGCUGUUCGACGAAGUGACCAUUUAUUUCAGCGACAUAGUGGGCUUCACCACCCUGUGCCAGUACAGCACACCCAUGGAGGUCGUGGACAUGCUCAACGACAUCUACAAGGGCUUCGACAGCAUCGUGGACCACCACGACGUUUACAAGGUGGAGACAAUUGGUGAUGCCUACAUGGUUGCCUCCGGUCUGCCAAGGAGGAACGGGAACAGACACGCGGUGGACAUCUGCCGCAUGGCGCUGGACAUCUUGUCCUUCAUGGGAACCUUCCAGCUCCGACAUCUGCCCAGCAUCUCUGUGUGGAUACGGAUUGGCAUACACUCAGGUAAACAACACGUUUCCAGUCUUCGUGUCCUUAGUUUAGUUUCCUCCUGGAAGCUCACUGAACAUCUGGUGUGUCCAGGUCCAUGUGCAGCCGGUGUCGUGGGCAUGAAGAUGCCCAGAUACUGUUUAUUCGGUGACACGGUCAACACAGCGUCUCGGAUGGAGUCUUCAGGACACCCCCUACGGAUCCACGUCAGCGAACCCACCAUACACAUCCUGCAGAGGACAGACUGCAAGUUCGAGUACGAGAUCAGAGGAGAAACGUACCUGAAGGGUAAAGGUACAGAGACGACCUACUGGUUGAUGGGAGAAACUGGGGUAGACUACGACCUACCUACUCCACCCACAACAGAGAAUGUCCAGCGCCUGCAGCAAGAUCUCGCCCACAUGAUCCUGGCAUGUCUGGAGCGUCGCAAACGAGGCUCCGUGCGGAGGAGGAAGGUGCAUACAGGUGCGGAUGAAGAUGACAAAGGCCGGGAAUCUGAGGUGGAUUCUGAAGACGGACACCCUGAGUAUCUGCAACUGGCCACCGUGGACAACACCCUCAGCACCUUCCUGUAAACCGAUGCAGUCUCAGCUUUGUGAUGUUGGACUACUCAAACUAAAGCAAGAAGUGAGCCUGGAGGAGAAGAAUGGAGGAACCAAGAUGGUGGACAUUUUUUAAAUUAGUUAUUUUAAGAGCUUAAAGCCUUUAAUGAGCAGGUGAAGGUUAAUAUUAAUCAUUAGAUGCUGUUUCCUGCAUGUGAACAUUUUAUAAAAUGUUUAAGAAUUGAGGCUUAACUGCCUAUAUUCUUCUAUUUUUGUACGUUAACUGCUCUCCUUUUACAUCAAUGCAUCUUUAAUGACUAUUGUGAUAACAGCCUUUCUCAGUCGGACUGUUGGAUCUUUGUAACGGGAGGAAAUGAUUAAAAAAAACAUUCGUCUUAAA